CCCUUCCCUUCAUAGCCAGGGAGGCCGGCCCUUCUCCGCCUAGGCCUCUCCUGCUCCUCCUCCUGCUGCCGCCAAGGGGCUUCUCUGCCGGGCAGCACUCCGUGGCUCAGGCCCUCCUCCUCCCUGCCUUUGCCCCUUGGACUAGAGAAGGAAGGAAGGAAAGGAGGCCUCCCCCAGGCCUCUCCCUCCCAGCGGGGCCCUUGAGGCUAGAAGAAAAGUGUCUGGACCACAGAGUUGGAAGUUGGAUUAUUUCUUUUAAGAAAGGGAAAAAGACCAUGCGUGCAUGUCUGUAGAAAUGGUUUGCGGCUCAGUCAAGCUGGAGCUGACUAAAUGAAAGUAUGGGCUGUGCGUCAGCCAAGCAUGUUUCUGCUGUACAAAAUGAAGAGGAAGCUCAGAAGGGGAAAAACUACCAGAAUGGAGAUGUAUUUGGUGAUGAGUAUAGAAUCAAACCUGUGGAGGAAGUCAAAUACAUGAAAAACGGAGGAGAGGAUGAUCAGAAAAUCGCUGCCAGAAACCAGGAAAACUUGGAAAAAAGUGCCAGUUCUCAUGUAAGACUUAAGACUAAUAAAGAGCUUCCAGGAUUAGUACAUCAACCUAGAGCAAACAUGCACAUCUCUGAAAGCCAACAAGAAUUCUUCAGAAUGCUGGAUGAGAAAAUUGAAAAGGGCCGCGAUUACUGUUCAGAAGAGGAGGACAUCACAUAGUGCCAAUUCUGCUGAUCGAACAGGAAUACUACUGUGUAAAUAGAUUAUGGUCCAGUCAAGAUCUUUUUUUGGAAGUCUUCUCAAGUGAACAACACUACAUAACAAAAGAUCAUUUCCACAUUGUAUGCUCCAUUCAGUUACAGUGUUUCUCAAUGACCAUACAAUGAACAUGGCUACAGGAAAGAAGAACUGCUUGUGUGGAACUGCCUUUGCUGCUGCUGCUGGUUGAAAUUUGUUGCGGAUUGUCACUUACCUUGUCCAGGAACACAGCAAGUCUUUGACAUACAAUCUGAAUGACACUGUAGAUUUCACUGGGGCUGCUGGCCGGUUUUCUCUCGGCUGAGCUAGUGUUGUACAGUAUCUUCCAUAACUGAGCCUUCCAGUUCGUCAGACCAGCCAUGGAUGGGGCUGUGGCGUUCCUGUUAAUACUGACAAUGUAGAGCUUUGGAAAUGGGAUGCUUUGCCAUGACAGACCUCGUUUCUCUGCUAGGAAGAAGUUGUCAAUUUAAAAGCAUGUUGUCACAGAAAUACUGGCUAUGGUGAUGCAGGAGCAGAAAGCUGUAUUUUUUAAAAACACACACAAUUUCUUUUACUAGGUAUUUCAAUCGAGGAAUAAGCUUUCAGUAUUGGCUUUGCUGACCGCAGAUGGAAGUUGUGAUCGCAAUCAGUUUGAAUCCCUCUUUUUUUUUUUCUAAGGAAAUAAACAUUUUACUGUUUUUAGGUAUUCUUGUCUUAUACCCAUUCAUACAGUCCAACAUGUUAAGCAUAACUGGGGAAAAGGGAGAAGGGGACAAAGUACCCCGUGGAACUAUAAUGGGAGAGGAUGUUAUUUUAAAGCGCCUGUGUGCCAAUUUGGGAUGUCUUGUAGAGUUUAUUUUUCCAUAAUAUAAAAAAAGAUGAUGCUCUCUCUUCUCAAAGGCAGAUGUAAUAUUUUUAACAAAUAUUGUCACGAGUAAAAAUAAUCCUAAGGUUUUAAAAAAAAAAACACUUUUGCAUUUAUUUUUUAAAACACCUUUUGCUGACAAGAUUCUCUUCGGUGUCUUUGAGGGGUGUAACCGUAUUAAAAAGGCUUCUUGGAAGCUGAACUUUUUAUCCCUCAGUUUGCCUUAAUUAGGGUACCAAGAUGACAGCUUGUCAAUAAAACUGUACAAAUUGAAAAAAGCACAUUUUAGAUCAGUCUAUAAUUUUGUGAUGUAGCUUUGCCCAGGAUCAUGUUAGAUGUUGCAGAUAGGAAAGAGUUGGUGUUUAUCUGUUUGUUUGUUUUUGGUCUUCGUAUAUCCAUCUCGUUUAAUUAGAUUUUGCUAGUUAAGCACUCAUUGUCGAUACAGUGAAGCGUGAGCAUCACUGAACUUCUCUGUGUCUCCAGUUUGAUGAAUUAACCUGCUCCAAGGUGUAGCCAAGUUAGGCGUGAUUAAUAAGGGAUUAGAUGGACACACACUUGCUUUGCCCUUUCUCCUAAAAGAGUGGGGUGAGAAUACGAAGUAGAUGAGAGCUUGAUAAACAUCUUAAGCCAUUUGUGGAAAGGUCAGACUUCAGCCAGUGGAAAAUUCCCUUCUGCCUUUGGGAAGCCAGUAACAACCACAGGAGGAUUUGAGCUCUGUGAUAUGAAGUUACUGCCUUCAGCAGCACCAACUCAAUUACCUAAAAUACAGAGGAACAAAAUUUACAAGGGAAAUCGCACUGAUGCUGCACACAAUAGCUUGUUUAAACUUCCUGGAGUAUUCUGUUUUCUUUCUAUCAUCACUCAUUUGGGAGUUUUUAGGGGUUACAAGGUGUGAAAUAAAUUCACUUAAGAAGUACAUUCCCAAGCAUCUGUACAGUCUCCUCAGUACCACUUUCUCCAAGUUGACUGAAAGUUAGUUUCUUUUCUGGGUCCCUGUGUCUUGUCUGUCUGUUCAGAGUUGAAUUUCUUCUGGUUUUCCUCUAGAAUUAAAAUAGAGGCUUCUCUACUA